GUUUCUGACUCCACGCACUUAAACUGUUCGAUGAAACUCCCCCGUGAGUUUCUACUCUUUCCUCCUUUUGAAGCUACUAAUACUAAAGUUUUGAUGACAACACUGUGAACCUCAAUGCCCAAUGUUCUUCCCCCUGUUGAAUUUGCAUGCGUCUAUGGAUCAUCUCUUCAUCCAUCCAACCACGACAAGACAACCAUGACAGAUUAUAUUCUUGGCGUGUCUGAUCCAAAGCAGUGGCAUUCUGAGAAUCUGAAAUUGAACAAGCAUCACUAUGCGUCAUGGAUGGUGCACCUUGGUGGCGAGAGCCUGAUUACUGGAGUUGCUGAUAGAAUUGGUGUGGGAGUGCAUUUCAACCCUUUUGUUACUUGGAAUGGAAAGCUGUUCAAGUAUGGGGUUGUACAAAUGCAUGACUUACUUCAAGAUGUACAGUAUUGGGAGAAAUUCUACUUGUGUGGCCGGUUACAGAAACCAGUUCAUAUUGUUGUCGAUAAUUUAGAUGUCAACAGCACCAAUUCUGUUAACUUGAGAGCUGCAGUGUCAGCUGCUCUUCUCCUGCUUCCAUCAGAAUUCACAGAGGAAGAUCUAUAUGCCAAAGUAUGUAGUCUCUCAUACACAGGUGAUAUACGCAUGUUAUUUGCUGAGGAUAAAAACAAGGUGAAAAAGAUUGUUACUGGGCAGUUUGAUCUAUUCCACUCAAUGUAUAAGCCAUUUCUUGAAGAAUAUGAGGCUAAGAAGUUAUUGAGACUUUCAUCAACUGCCAAUAAUCAAAUACAUGCCACUCAGGAUUGUGACUUAUCAGUUGCUUGUGCUCUAGUUUCUGCUCUUCCUCCAUCAAUCAGAAGCCAGAUAAGCAAGAACGGAGAAUUAACGGAAACUGGUAGAGUCAUACAUGAUACUAAAGUCAGUGCAAGAGAAGUGGCUGCAAAUUGCUUGCAGAGAAUUCUGAGGCAAAGAGUAAUGGUUUCAAGUGCAAGGCAGGCCAUAUCUGGCCUUCUGGCUGUUGGUGGGGUAAAUGCUACCAGGUAUCUUUCUAAGAAAGUUAGCAAAGCCUGGAGAUCAUGGAGAUGAUUUUUGCCGUAUUGACAAUCAUAGACAUGAAGUUUUCUUGCUGACCUUGGGAAGUUUACAGAUAGACUAGUAACCAUUUUUCUGUUUUCAUUUCUUCCCUUUCCCUUAAUACUCCACCACUUUCUCAAUCAAAAGGGUUUAGUAACUGGAUUUGCUGGCGCCUUAUCAUUAUUCUCUUGUGACCAGAGAUACUUGCCAACAAGUAUAGGCAUGGUGUUUUGAUUUGUCAAUACAUUUUGCAGUUAAAUUUAGCUGUGCUUUGUUGGGCAAAGGGAAUUUUUGGAAAACCAAGUUUGAAUUCUGUAGACUCAUAUUUGUUUCUUC